AUGGCUAGUCAAAAAUCUAAACUACUGUGGAUAGCCAAGGAGUGGCCAUUCACGAAGCUAAGACCAAAAUUGCAAUUCAAGAAUUUAGUACAGAAUAUCCACGAUAAGAGCCAUGAGCAUGAGCAAAUUGCAGGAAAGAGUGUCCUAGCCUUAGAGGCCUUACUAAACAAUAAGCACUAUAACAAGUACCCUCUGAGUGCUAAAAUGCUAAAGCCUGCAUCCGCACCAAAUCAUUACGAUAAAGUAUUAGACGCUGUCGAUGGGAAACCAAUCCACAAGUCAUUCUUACAAAGAUUCCUUAGAUUGUAA